GGCGGGAGGGAAGCGGCGUGGAAGCCCCUACGGGCAGGAGAGAGCCAGGCGUGGGGCUCCUCGGCUUAUGGCUGUCAUUCCAGCGGCCGGUGGCGGAAGAGGCACCGGCUUGGUGUUCGUGGUUUCGGCUGCACACUCCGUAACUGGCCGAUCAAACGGUGUACUUUACCCUGCUGGUGUCCGGGCACAACCUUCCUCCUCCCCCCCCUUUUAUCAUGGAGAGCAAAAGGCUCGGCCUGCCUGUCCGCCUCUCCCCAAGGAAAGCGGCGCGGAAGGAGAGGUGGACGCUGGGCGCCGUAAGCUUGAAGCCGCCGCCUGGUUUCGGAGCUCGUCGGCCGGGUAGGAGCCCCGCGGCUGGGCGAACUCGUGGCGACGUUCCGCUUUCAGCUCUCGGCUCCAUCUUCCGCCGCCAACCAAGUCCCUGAAGCCUGCGCUUUCCUCCCCGCUUUUAGCAGCCACUUCCAUAGGGUCCUCCGACGAAGUCAUUCACCCAAUCAAGAUGUCCUGUGCUUUUUGCUUUCCCUGAAGGAUAUGGCUGAGCAGGAUGUGGAGAAUGAGUUGCUGGAUUAUGAAGAUGAUGAAGAGCCUCAAGGAGUGAUAGAUGCAACUCCUCCCCCUGCUAAAAAGGAUGUGAAGGGCUCUUAUGUCUCCAUUCACAGUUCUGGCUUCCGAGAUUUCCUGCUGAAGCCAGAAUUACUUCGUGCCAUUGUGGAUUGUGGCUUUGAACAUCCAUCAGAAGUACAACAUGAAUGCAUUCCUCAGGCAAUUCUAGGCAUGGAUGUACUUUGUCAAGCCAAAUCGGGCAUGGGCAAAACUGCUGUUUUUGUAUUGGCUACUCUGCAGCAGAUUGAGCCACUGGAUGGGCAGGUCUCAGUGCUAGUGAUGUGUCAUACCCGAGAAUUGGCAUUCCAGAUCAGUAAAGAAUAUGAACGCUUCUCAAAGUAUAUGACCAGUGUGAAGGUAUCAGUUUUCUUUGGGGGGCUUUCUAUCAAGAAAGAUGAAGAGGUACUUAGGAAAAACUGUCCGCAUAUUGUUGUGGGAACCCCAGGCCGUACUCUAGCAUUGGUACGGAACAAGACACUCAACCUGCGCAAUGUGAAGCAUUUUGUGUUGGAUGAGUGUGACAAGAUGCUUGAGCAGCUAGACAUGCGCCGUGAUGUACAGGAAAUCUUUCGAUUGACUCCCCCUGAAAAGCAGUGCAUGAUGUUUAGUGCCACCUUGAGUAAGGAGAUCCGGCCUGUCUGCAGGAAGUUCAUGCAGGAUCCCAUGGAGGUAUUUGUAGAUGACGAGACAAAGCUGACUCUACAUGGUCUGCAGCAAUACUAUGUAAAGCUGAAGGACACAGAGAAAAACCGCAAACUUUUUGACCUGCUGGAUGUACUGGAGUUCAAUCAGGUUGUCAUAUUUGUAAAGUCUGUGCAGCGCUGCAUGGCAUUAGCCCAACUUCUGGUUGAACAGAACUUCCCAGCUAUUGCUAUACACAGAGGCAUGUCUCAGGAAGAGAGGCUCUCUCGGUAUCAACAGUUCAAAGACUUCCAGCGUCGUAUCUUGGUGGCCACUAAUCUGUUUGGCCGUGGGAUGGACAUAGAGCGAGUCAACAUAGUUUUCAACUAUGAUAUGCCUGAGGAUUCUGAUACCUACUUACACAGAGUGGCUCGGGCUGGGCGUUUUGGUACGAAAGGCUUGGCGAUUACCUUUGUGUCAGAUGAAGGUGAUGCCAAAAUCCUCAAUGAAGUACAGGAUCGCUUUGAGGUCAACGUAGCUGAGCUCCCAGAAGAGAUAGACAUCUCCUCUUAUAUAGAACAAAGCCGGUAGCCUGAGUUCAUGGAGCCGCUUUUCUGAGCCCAGAAUGGAACAGGAGGUUGAGCACAUCCCAUGUCUUCUGCUGAACUCAAAGGAAUAUCUUCUUGAAAAGAUACGCUAUGCAAUAUGUAAGGAUGUUGGUUCUUAAUGUGAAAUCUUUACAAAGUGCCCAGAUGGUGUUUUAGCCUCAGCUCAAGCCUGGGGGCUUUUUUAAUUAGAUGUUUCUAUUUUCUGACUAGUCAGCCCCUGAGGCUGUGUUUCAUAAAUAAAAAUUUAAAAUAA